GAGGACCGAGAGUCUGUCCUGUGGUCCUGCUGCAGAACUGCCUUUAUCUAAUUUCUUGCGGAUUCAGUUACCAAGCGAGCACGUCUCUCGGUUGCGUUUAAGAGCGCGAUGCGAGGAAGACUCAUGGAUAAAUCAUGAACACGCAAACCGUUGGAUUAAUUUGAUUCAUAUGGUUCUGGGGUUGAAGUUAAAGGGAUUCGGAAUAAUUGUUCAUAUUUCCAACCUGGCUGGGGAGAGGAGGACUGUUGCAAUGUCACCCCGUUCAACAUUUUUGGAGCUUUGUGGAAGAGGGAAGCUGGAAUGAAGUCGAGCACUAUGGGGUUUUCCAAGUUGGUUCUUCUGACUCUUCCAGCUCUCCUUACCCUCCUUAACAUCUCGCAUGCGGCGGAAAAGGUUCCCAUACUGAACAUUGCUGUGAUCCUGGGCCAAACCCGCUACAUCUCGGACAGAGAUAUACGGGCUCUGUGGAGCAAGGACGAUCCCAUCGACGUCAACGUGGUCACCCUGCUCGUGAAUGAAACAGACCCCAAGAGCAUCAUUACCCAUGUGUGCGAUCUCAUGUCCGGGACUAAAAUCCACGGCGUGGUGUUUGGGGACGGCACAGACCAGGAAGCCAUCGCCCAGAUUUUGGAUUUUAUUUCCUCGCAGACGUUGAUACCUAUCCUGGGGAUCCACGGGGGUUCGUCCAUGAUCAUGGCGGAUAAGGAUGUGAAAUCAACCUUCUUCCAGUUUGGGGCUUCGAUCCAACAGGAGGCGCUGCUCAUGCUUAACAUCAUGGAAGAGUACGACUGGCACAUCUUUUCCAUAGUGACCAGCAAGUUCCCAGGCUAUCAAGACUUUAUUGCCAUUUUGAAGAGCACGGUCGACAACAGCUUUGUUGGUUGGGACCUUCAGCACACCAUCACCCUGGACGCCGUGGACGGUGACACCAGAACCCAGAUCCAGUUGAAGAAGGUGCAGUCUCCAGUCAUCCUCUUGUACUGCUCCAAGGACGAAGCUGCUUAUAUCCUAGAGGAGGCCCGCUCGCUGGGCCUGACCGGCUUCGGAUACAUCUGGAUUGUGCCCAGCCUGACCACAGGCAACCCGGACAUCACACCAGGUUCGUUCCCUUCUGGAAUGAUCUCUGUGUCUUACGAUGACUGGGACUAUCCUCUUGAAGCAAGGGUUCGAGAUGGGCUUGGGAUUAUAACCACGGCGGCUGCAGCAAUGUUGGAGGAGUUUGGAGACAUUCCAGAGGCCAAAACCAGCUGCUAUGGCCAAAUGGAGAAAGCGAAGUUGCCUCCCAGUGCAUUACACAAGUACAUGAUGAACGUGACCUGGGACGGCAGAGAUUUAUCCUUCACGGAGGACGGUUACCAGGUGCAUCCCAAACUGGUGGUGAUCGUGCUGAACAAGGACAGAGAAUGGGAAAAGAUGGGCAAAUGGGAGAACCAGAGUUUGACCUUGAAAUAUCCGGUGUGGCCACGCUUCAACUCUUUUGGCGAUGCGGAGACGGAUGACAAUCACUUGCGCAUCGUCACGCUGGAGGAGAAGCCCUUUGUCAUCGUGGAGAAUGUGGAACGCCUCACAGGCACCUGCAUGAGAAACUCAGUGCCCUGUCGCAAAUACAUCAAAGACAAUACAACAGAGGCAGGAGGAACAUACAUUAAAAAGUGCUGCAAAGGAUUCUGUAUCGACAUCCUUAAGAAGAUCGCACGGAAUGUGAAGUUCACAUAUGACCUCUAUCUGGUGACCAAUGGGAAGCAUGGGAAAAAGAUCAACAACAUGUGGAACGGCAUGGUGGGAGAUGUGGUCUACAAAAAAGCCGUCAUGGCCGUGGGCUCGCUGACAAUCAAUGAAGAGCGCUCGGAGGUCAUUGAUUUCUCUGUGCCCUUCGUGGAAACAGGGAUUAGUGUGAUGGUAUCCCGUAGCAACGGAACAGUCUCUCCAUCUGCAUUCUUAGAGCCCUUCAGUGCAUCGGUGUGGGUCAUGAUGUUCGUCAUGUUGCUGCUGGUGACUGCAAUGGCUGUCUUCAUGUUUGAAUACAUCAGCCCCCUGGGCUUCAACAGGAACCUAGCUCAGGGCAAAGAUCCCCACGGACCGUCUUUUACCAUGGGGAAAGCGGUGUGGCUGUUGUGGGGCCUGGUGUUUAACAACUCUGUACCUGUGCAAAACCCCAAAGGCAGCACCAGUAAAUUCAUAGUGUCUGUGUGGGCUUUCUUCGCUGUCAUCUUCCUGGCCAGUUACACUGCUAAUCUGGCCGCCUUCAUGAUUCAAGAAGAAUUUGUGGACCAGGUGACAGGCCUGAGCGAUAAUAAGUUUCAGAGCCCAUACUCCUACUCUCCUCCCUUCCGCUUUGGAACGGUUCCCAACGGCAGCACAGAAAGGAACAUCAGGAAGAAUUACCCAGACAUGCAUCAGUACAUGGUGAAAUACCAUCAAUCCGGAGUGAAUGACGCACUGGUCAGCCUAAAGACCGGAAAACUUGAUGCCUUUAUAUACGACGCAGCUGUGCUGAAUUAUAUGGCUGGUAGGGACGAGGGCUGUAAACUGGUGACCAUUGGCAGUGGCUACAUCUUCGCUACCACCGGCUAUGGCAUCGCCCUGCAAAAAGGAUCUCUCUGGAAGCGUCCGGUGGAUCUGGCCAUCCUUGCUAUUAUUGGAGAUGGUGAGAUGGAGGAGUUGGAGGCUCAGUGGCUGACUGGGAUCUGCCACAAUGAGAAGAACGAGGUAAUGAGCAGCCAGCUGGACGUGGACAACAUGGCCGGUGUGUUCUAUAUGCUGGCGACCGCCAUGGGUCUCAGUCUCAUCACCUUUGUCUGGGAGCAUCUGUUCUACUGGAGGCUCAGAUACUGCUUCACUGGCGUCUGCACGGGCACACCUGGCCUGCUCUUCGGCAUCAGCAGGGGUAUUUGGAGUUGCAUCCAUGGUGUCCAUAUCGACAUGAAGAAGAAAUCAUCUGACUUGGACUUCAGUCCACAAUCCAACAUGCUCAAGCUUAUCAAAUCUGCCAAACAGAUGACUAACAUGACCAACCUCAGCGGCUCCCGGAUCAACUCUCCCAGACGUGGCAGCGAGUUCAUGCACUCGGCCAGCCCCAUGAUCAUGGACAUGAUGGCAGAGAAAGGAAACUUCAUAUACACUGACAAUCGCAGCUAUGCCCAAAAGGACAUCUAUGGAGACUCCAGUGACCUGCAGGCGUAUCUGGCCAACCGCCACAAAGACCAUCUGAACAACUACAUCUUUCAAGGUCAGCACCCCCUCACCCUCAAUGAAUCCAACCCUAAUACGGUAGAGGUGGCGGUGAGCGCAGACGCAGCCCAGACCAACGCAAAACCCCGGGCUCUGUGGAAGAAAUCUGUGGAUACUUUGCGUCAGACUCAGGGGCCCGAAGCCCUGGAUCCCCGUUUGUCUAUGAAGAGCCAGAGGUACCUGCCGGAAGAUGCUGCGCACUCCGAUAUCUCCGACUGCUCGAGCAGGGCCUCUUACAAGGAUUCAGACAUUAACAAGCACCUGAAGCCCAAAGAUAACUUAAAAAAAAGACCGAUGACGUCAAAAUACCCUAGGGAUUGCAGUGAAGUGGAGCUGUCCUACUUAAAAAAUAAGCAGGGCGGAGCGGGCCGGGAGAAAAUCUACACUAUAGACUCUGACCGGGAGCUGAGUCUGCACUCGGAGCCUCAGCACUACAAAGAAGGCAGAGGCCUGACCACAGACGAUUUGGAUUUCGCCGAAAUUUACUCCGACCACAAUGACAAUUACAGGAAAUGCGACCAGCCCAUCAUCCAUCUGAAUAGCAGCCCCCUGCAUCAAAAUGAAUCCGACCUCCUGCCAGACAAUGCCUACAACAAACACUACAGCCUGAAGGAGAAGAACCUCAGUCAGCACGAAAGUAACGACCGUUUCAAACAGACUCAUUGCCGCAGUUGUCUUUCCAAGGUGCCCAACUACAGCACAGGGCCGUACGGCCCCUUACGCUCACCGUAUAACCGGUGCGAGGCGUGCCUCCACAUGGGCAACCUGUACGACAUCAGCGAGGACCAGAUGUUGCAGGAGGCCAUGAUAAGCCCCACCAUGCACCACGAUGACAUGUUCAGCCAUUACUGGCCCCAGACGGAUGGGCCGCACGUACAGAGGAGGAACAGACUGAGGCUCAGCCGGCAACAUUCUUUUGACAACAUCAUGCUCGAGAAGCCCAAAGAGAUCGACCUGAACCGUCCGGCACGUAGCGUCAGCCUAAAGGAGAAGGACCGCUUCCUGGAGGACAGCCCUUAUACAAACAUGUUUAACAUCAAGGCUGACAAACUGUUCGGCAGCAGGUCCAUGCUCUUUAACCGCAACCUGGAGGAAAGCAAGCGCAGUAAGUCACUUUACCCAGAUCACCCCACAGACAACCCCUUCCUGCAAUCUAUACGGGACGACACUCGUCUGGUCCACGGCAGGAGCUCCUCGGAUAUUUACAAACAAUUGGCUCCCAUCAAAGCGCGGAACGAGAACAAUCUGAGGUCCUCCGUAAAGUCCACCACUUCGUUCUGUUCCAGGGAUGGUCGAAUACCCAAUGACAUGUACAUUUCAGAGCAUGCGAUGCCUUACGUAGCCAACAAGACUAGUGCAUACUCAGCUCCCCGGGUCCUCAACUCUUCGCAGUUUAGCAAUAGAGGAGUGUAUAAGAAAAUACCUAGUCUCGAGUCAGAUGUUUAAUGCUUUUUUGUGUAGCUGAUAUAUUUACUCACGUAGAAUGCCACAGUCACCUACAGUACAUCUUAAAAAAGUACCCGAGUACUCUUUUCGCAGAUAUCGCUCUUCUUAUACGAGUGAGUCAGACUGGAUAGCGCUUUCCAAAGGUUUCAGCAUUUUCUUGACAAGCGUCUCAAUGACUGUUUGCCAAAAGACAAUUAGUCAAGUAUACUGUAAGCCAAUAAAAUUUGGUUUAGCAUGGAAGUUGUUGAUUUCCCCCACACUUGGCCCCGUGCCGGUGUGUACACGAAAUGCGCAGAUGCAGUGCUUUGAAGUCCGACCCAUCGCUGUGGUUGGCCGAGGCAGAUUAUAGGGUGGGGUUUCAGGUGCUUGGCCCCACACAGCAUGUAAUGAGAGCAUACCUACCUGUAUCCCAUUGACUGUGUCUGGAAGUUAGGGCAAGCAAGGGUAUUUCAUUUUCGGCGCCCAGCAAUUGCAUAUUUGCUUUUAUUACUACAGUAUAGACUUGGGAUUUUUGGCAUUCUAAUCCCUAUUUAGAUUUUAGUAUUUAUCUUAUUUGGUAGCACAAUAGCAAUUAAUUAAUCGCCCACCUCUGCUUUAUAAACAGAACUUCUAUAUUACCGUCAGGAAUAGCUUUUUUGGUUUUGCAUGUGCCUUUAUUUCUUGUCUUCUCUCUCUUGGUUUGAUCAAAGAUAUAAUUACACUAAGGUGAUAUUGUUUGCCAGCUGAGGUGACACACGUGGGCAAUGAAAACCUGACCUGUGUGUAGGUGGGUUGACCCUGGGUUGUGUCGGAGACCCUGAGACAACACACACGAACAACCUUUGGGAAUAUUGUGUUGAUCCUCCAUUUCAAGAAUUAUGUUCUGUUGGAGGAUGGAAGCUUGUAUCACGUUUUAUUUUCUUCAGUACUUCCAUACAUGUCACUGUACACUGUGAAACUGACUCAGAUCACCUCCUGAAGACCGCUGUUUACGUUGUAGUUUGGCAUAGCAUUGCUUUGUGCAAAGAGUGCCACACGUAAAACCUUGGGUUAGCUUGAAGUCUGAACCAGAACAUUGGUUUUCUGUUGCAGUCCGCUCAACACAUUCACACCGAGGACUACUAGCAAGACCUUUGCUCUGCAGACCUGUUACUACACUUUAUACUGUAAAAAUACAUUCGAUGAACUCCUUGCAAUGUUAAUCAGAACACAUAGCCAAAUUGUGUAUUCGAUCAAAUACCUCAGGAUGGGUCAUUUUCUGUAACAUUUUCAUUGCGCUACUGAUAGUCACAUUAAGCCAUCUUGGACGUUAGCGUUAUGUUUAUGACUCAAAACUUAUUUAUCGAUUUUAUCAUCCGAAGGUGUUGUAUAGUAAAAAUAUUUGACAUGUUGUCGCUGUUGUAUCAGACUUGUCAAGAUGUAUACUGUACUCUCUUCUCAUUUUUUUCUCAUUCUCAUUUUGAAUAUCUCAUCACAAUCAUAUUCAUAUGAAGUGCUGCUUAAAAAAGCUAAUGUGCGACGCACAUGUAAAAUAUCAAGGUCUUGUUUAUGCCAUACUGUAGUUUUUACUCUUUGCAACUUGUUUUUGAGUUCUUUUUUCACCCUUGUAAUAACCCCAGUCUUUAAGGAAGAUGUAUUUUGAUUACAUGAAAACUUAUAAUAAUAAUGGCAUGCAACUCAAUUGUAACUCUUUCUAUGUUUUUGUUAUGAUGUUAUGAUCACGACUUAUUUGUAACAGGGUGCAAAUAUAGCAUAUAUACGGAAAGAAAAUGAUCAUUUGUAUUACAGUGCUGCUGUUUUCGGUAGGCAAGAUGUUUGCCUCUAGCCCAUCACAAUGUUUUAUAUUUGUAUCACUGAGUCACUUCUGCAUUUCUAUCAUAUCUGGACGCCACCUUUGUGAGGUAAGGUGAAGAUCCGCUCUUCCUCGAUUGGCAGGUGAAUACAUCACCAGCUACGCUUUGUCUCUUGCCUGUCAUAUAAAGCCAGACUUUAACUUUAAAGAGAAAGAAAAAAAAACGAUUAUUUUCGGGUCUGCUGUCCUUCCAAAGAUAUGACGUCGUCUUGCGUUCUCUAUUAUCUAUGGUUUGCUGUAAGAAUAGAGCUUUUUUUUAAUUUCUCAAAGACUUAUGUAACUAUUUUGAAUAUAAGACACAUGUAAAUUGCUUGUAAAUUCAUACUCGAACAAGUCAUUAUGAACGUUCUGAUUAUACAGAGUAAACAAUAUUUUUGCCUGGGUUUCACAGAUCUGUACAGUAGCACUCGUUUUCCGUAGCAUAUACACCACAUUACUUGGCAUUGAAACGUCACCUUAAGAGAUUUCAAAGUCUCCAUGCAGUUUUAAUCAGGGAUUGUAGCCCUGCAGUUUUGUAAGCUUAAAGAAGUGAGGGCCGGGGUGGGGGUUACAAGCAUCGCAGCAGAUUUUUCUAAGUAAAUAUUGUCCAUCCACUUGAAGGUAAGCUUGGAUCGAGUAUGCCUGGAGAGGUGUGUGGAGAACGGGGAGGGGCCUUUUGGUUCAUAGGCAUUUGAAAUAGGUUGUGAGACUGCAGGGUACGAAUCCAUCCCGCUCAUGAACCAAAGCUCUGAGGCAUCUCUGCAGAAUCGGCCUGUCAGAUACAGCAGGCCGCCAAACUUCUGGGAUCUUUACAUAACAUCUUGAAAACCAAAAUGUACUUCAUCAGUGUUGUCGUUCUGAAUCCGUUGAUGGUUAUUGGAGGCGGUUGUGUCAGUUAAGAACGCCACAGGUCAGGUAUUGAUUGCAAACAGAUGAACUGUCUGGGUUUAUUGUAGCAGUUUAUGGCUAGGCAAGAGCUGUGUGUAGUUCCUUAAAAAGCUACCAUGUUAUAUUUUUGGUUUAUUUACGUCUCAUAGAAUAGGAAACAAAUGUAUGAAUUUAAAUUAGCUCAGAUGCUAUUUCCAUAGGAUGAGCUAGACUAAGCAAAGUAGAGUUACUAAAAGUCAAUAAGCGAGAUUUAUAAGACGCAGAAACAAAUUAGUACUUUCUCAGUCGCAUCUUAAAUGCCAGUUAAGGUUGAAUCUGUUUUGUCAGUGACAUUUGUUAUGUUCCUUGUUUGACAGAUUCAGGCUCUUUGUCUGAUGUGCAUGUAGAUCUGUCAUCACUAAUAUAAAGAUCAGUUCUGAAUAGAUGAGCAAGAACAAGUUUCUCAGGUAGCUAAAACAGCUCUGUCGAUUGUCUUAUAAAACCCAUUUGCGUGUACAGGACCGAUUGUGUUUCCCUUCCAGGUGAAUUUUACGCCAAUGUAGGGCAGAGUAACAAAAAGCGAAGCAUUUGAUGUGGUACAUGGAAGCGUGGAAGUGAGACCAUUACUUAAUACAACAACAGAUCUCCUUCCAAGUCAAUUUCGCACCCACAUGGAAGACCAUUUGAAAUCCAUUCUUUCCAAAUUUGAUAUUUUGCCAAGUGCAGUGUAGUAAGAACAAUGGGCCAUUUCUGCUGCCAGGCAAGCUGUUGUACUGUUACUGCAUCAUUGGCUUUGGUCCCAUCGAGGUAGUUUCAAGGAGAAAGCGCCUCGACUCAAAUUACACCUGCCACGUCUGCACAAGACGCAGUGAGAAGGGGCAGGUGGCUGAAGCCUUCAUGCAUGGCUGUGUCAACUAUGUAGCUCGAUCCCUUUCAUUCACGACUGCUUUAUAGCCCUCAGGAAGGUAGAAAUGGCAGCUUAUAAACAACAUGCCCGAGUCCAACAAAUCUCUCGCUCAAAAAAGAGCUUGUUUUUACUCACCUCAGUCAUGCUGUUCUUUCAGCGUUGUCAACUUUUGUCAAGUAGCACUUUUAUCACGAUUGCAUUGUAUGCAUGAUAUGAGGAUUUAACCCUUUCAUGCAUAGUAGAUAGCUACAGUAUCUCUUCAAACAAAAAAACAACAACAACGAAAUGUAUACUGUCCACUCAAGUGGACAUCUGAAGAUCUCUCUGAAAAUUAUGUAAUAAAAACACACAAAAAUCCUGACUGAGGUUGUCAGAUUCAUGCAUGAAAGGGUUUAAAACAAGCACCUCUCUAAAUUCAUUUAUUAUCAUUCCAUUUUCCAAACUAUCUGUUGUUUAGAUUUUAAGCUUUGAUUAUUUUGAAUAGAAAUCGAAAAGGAGGAGAUUUUGUGAGAACUGGCCCUGAAAAAUGGCAAAAUGAUCUUGAAUUCUGUGAUUGUGGAUUGAUUUGGAGCACAGAGCUGCUGAAUUCCUUGCACUUAAUAAAGGAAAAAGAACGCUGCUUUCCCUGUAAAAUAAAAAAACGAAUGAUUUUGAUCUUAGAGAGAUACAUUCUUUGAAAACGAUCACUUGUGUUUCCUGUUUAUUAAUCCCUCUCGUGAGCUUUGCAUUCAUAUUUUAUGUGGUUAAAAGUAGAAAUUCUUUUAGAUCAGUGUUUUAUACUGGGGCGGGGGGUUGUCAUGUGACUAUAACCUAUUUAUCACUGAAACCAUGUGACCUGCUGCCUAAAUGUUCUUUUAUAAUGAAGCAUCACUUGUGUGCGUACUAAAAUUUCUUAAGAAGUUCCAGGUAAGUUGGGAACUAAUCGCUUACAUAAAGUCGACUCAAACUUGCAUUAAUAAAAUCAUUUCUGCUAUUGGCAAAACUGCAUGAGAAAGUACUAAUUCAGUGGGGCGGUUUGAACAUAUCUCCUGUUCACUUUAAAGUACAUUGGUUCCAGUCGUUUGUAACAUGAAGCAAGUAUUGUGUUCUGACAUUUCUUUUUCCUGCUUUUUUAUGUACAUGUAGAUCAUAUUAACGGAACAGGUCUGAUAUGUGACUUGUGAAAUGUCAAUACAAUGUGGUUGCAGGAAAUGUGCUGGGUUACAAGAUGUAAAAACAUGUAUAUAAGUAAAAGUUUCAUUUUUCUAAUAAAGGCUCUUUCUGCCACUUUAUAU